AUGCUCGAAAAAAAUUGCGAUAAUCAUCAAGAAGAGAACGAGUCGAACACCUCUUGUGAGUGCUCAGCAAAUAAUUGUUGCAAUAAUGAUAUCAUCAACUCGUCGGAUGUUCAACAUGGUUGCUCGGAGCACAAACUUUUAUCAUCAAACGAUGUGGCACCAUCAUCAUCAUCCACGGAACCUACCAAAGAAACAACUCCUAAAUUUGUAAAUCCAAUUAAAAAGCGUAACAAAAAAGAAAAACAAGCGGAAAUGCUUUUGAAUAAGGAAAAUCCAGGUAUUAAAGGCAGACGAGGGGUUGGUGUGAACAAACAAACUUUUAUGGAGAAUACCCACAAACAGUUCAAAAUUAAUCUAAAUGAAAGGAUUAGAAAGGGAGAUUGUGUUUUAGUUUGUUUUAGCGGAGGACUCAGUUCAACAGCAAUGAUUUGUAUGUUAAACCAAUGCGUCUCACCAAAUCCAAAUUGGAAAUUACAUUUCAAGUGGGAGUACCUUUUUGUGGAUAUCAGUGGAGCGUUAGGAAUGAGUGAUGAAGAGAGAAUGAAACUUCAUGAACAAAUAUCUACUGUCUGCUCAAAUACGAACGAACAUAAUCGAACACUUCAUAUACGAUCUAUUGAAGACAUGCUAUUUGACGGAAGUGUUGAAAAGAUGAAGAAUUUUAUUUUCAAACAAUUUAAAACCAUGAGUGUUCAUGAAGAUUUGCUGAACCAAAUGGUCAAGACUUGUAUUUACAAAUUUGCAGUUGAGAAGAAUUUCAAGCAAGUAUUGACCGGAGAAAAUGCAAAUCGUUUGGCUAUUGGCGUUCUAAGUGAAAUAAGUAAGGGACGAGGUUAUACGAUACCGCUUCACAUCCAACUUGAAGAUUCUAGUAUGAAUGGAAUUCCUACAUUUAAUCCAUCGACCGAUUCACCUAUUACUUUUAUUCGACCCAUGAAGACAUUCCUUGCUAACGAAUUGGCCAUUUAUAUUUAUUGGUUCAAAAUGAAUCAUCAUCUUUUUGUGAACGACAUUACCACUAAGGUUGGAGUUCGUCAAAGCACCAUUUAUAGGCUUGUUGAAGAUUUUGUUUCCAUGCUUCAGAAAGAUUAUCCAUCUACAGUUCACGCCAUUUUAAGAACUAUUGAAAAAUUGAAAACACCAGAGCAAACAAGUAUUAAGUGUGCGCUCUGUGGAGUAUUCCUUUCAGAGGAAGACUUGCAAGAUUUGAAGACUAGCCUUGAAAGGAGUCAUGAGUCUGAUUAUGGUAUGGCUGAAAAUCAACCUCGUCAUGAUACUAGUGUGAGUCUCUCUCAGUGUUGUUGUUUUGGAUGCAAGAGAGUUUUAUCCUAUUGUACGACUGAGAAUAGAGAGAGCACUACAAAUAUUGCAAUCACUGAUCUCACUAGUGAGGUUUAUAUUGAUGAGACAUUCCCAGAAUAUAUCCAACAAGGAUAUCAAACGACAAGAAAUGAAAUGAGAAAACAAAUUUCAGAGUUUUUGCUUGAAGAUCAGGAAGAUGAGUAA